UUUAUUUCCUUUGGUUGCUUUGAUUUCAACUCAAGAUCUUCUAAUACUGAAAGGAAAACAAUGAAAGCUCUAGGAAGGAAUUAUCACAAUUAGAAGAUAUAUAGCAGGCCUUAAAUUUCGUGUUGUUAAUGUUUAUGUUUUAAUGAGUAGAAGAAAUGGAACUUUAAUUUUUGGAAUUAGCAGCAAAUUCAUUGCGAGAGAGAGAGAGAGAGAGAGAGAGAGAGAGAGAGAGAGAGAGAUUGUUUCUUCAAGACAAAGUGUUGCAAAGAACUAUUUAAGAAUCAAUCCGUCUGAGUUGGGGAAAGAAGAAGAUGAUGAUUCGUUUUUUUUUUUUUUAAUUUUAUAUUUGAAGUGGGACACAUUUAAUAAUUGAAAAUUAUUUUUAAUUAAAUAUCUAAUGCCGCGUCAGUAUUAAUGGAUGGCAUUAGGGGAAAUGAUGCAUUUUGCUGAUGGCAGAUAAACAUGGGAACUUUUUUUGUCACAAAGGCUUGAAAAACUUGUCAAACCACAAGGGUCCCUUGGAUCUAUGAGUUCACAUGGUACGCUGUAUGAUGAGGGUUCAUCAGCACCAUUAGAAGUUACCACAUGGACAGGCAACAUUUCCACUUGUGCAUCUGAACCUCAUAAGAAGAAUUUGUUCUUGCAAAGUUUGUAUGAAGAAGGUUUAGAAGAUUUGAAGCUCACUGGCGUCGACAAGAGAGACACUCGAAAAGAAAUUCAGGAUAAGGACAUAGUUGAAUGUUUAGAAAAUAGUGUCCAGUUUUGGACAGACUUCUCAAAAGUGCACUAUCAUCCACAGAGUUUAUAUGAAUUAUGUGGAUUAUGGAUUGACACAGAGGAAUUUGACAAUUAUGGAGCUGGAAGGGAUAUCUACUCUGGGGGUCUACGUGGGGAGGAAAUAAGUGAGAGGCUUCGUUUUUUUGUAGAAGAGUGUGACCAUAUUCAGGGUUUUCAAUUCAUUGUUGAUGAAUCAGGAGGCUUCUCUGCUCUAGCUGCAGAUUUUUUGGAGAGUAUUGCAGAUGAGUACAGUAAUACACCAGCUUUGCUCUAUUCUGUGAGAGCUCCUAGUUCUCACAUGAACCCAAGAAGCCAGAAGCAAGCAAUUUCCAGGAAUAUUCAUGACGCAAUUUCAUUUUCAAAACUAUCAUCUUUCUGUGAAUUGAUCGUGCCAAUUGGUUUACCCUCCCUAAGCAGAAGUAAAGCUUCCACAUACCUAUGCAUUGAAGAUAAGAAGCCUUACCACAGUAGUGCAAUUUAUGCUGCUGCAUUACACUCCAUCAGUCUUCCCUUCCGCAUGGAACCACUUGGACCCACUGCAGACUCUUGUUAUGUUUCUGGUGCUGUUGAUGUUUAUGAGCUUGUACAGAUGUUAGCAGGGCAUGAUAGACGGAAUACAGCAACCAUUCUUGAUGCUGCAAUGCCUGCGCCUCCUUUAUCAGGGAAACAUGUUGAGCAAUCCUUGUUAAGGAAUUUGCAGCCAUUGACACCAGAGAUAGCAGAUAGGGAAGAUUUACAGGCAGUGGAGUCCAUGACUGUUCAUGGAGCCCUUGGGUCAGGAGGUUCCCAGGCUUCAGUCUCUGAAGUGACGGAUAGACUUAAUGAGGCUUAUGAACAUUCAUCAACACCGCCAAAGUUCUGCCAUCUAUCAGUUGCUGUUUGCCCUCUUCCCAUACCUUUGCCAUUUCCUUCAAUAUUUGGGAAUCUGGUUGGCCAACGUGGUGAGCUCUUGAGCAACCCAAUCCCAGGUUCCUUAUCAAGGGGAUCGCUUGAUGUCAAUUCCAUCCCUAUGGCAGCUAGACUCCGUUCAAGCAGUGCUAUCUUGCCAUUUUUGGAGAACAGAUUGUUAAAUCUUCGUAGAUAUGGAAUUGAACGAGGAGCACCUGGAAUGGAGUUACUCAGGAGCUGGGGCUUUGAAAGGGAUGAAUUAGAAGACAUUGAAGAAUCACUAUGUAAAAUGGUUGCAACUCUUGAUGAUCGAUAUCAGCUUUCCUCAGACUCGGAUUAAGUUCUUUGAAAUUGUAAACUAUUCACUCAUCCUUCUUUUCCUCAGCUGAGAAUACUACUUUGUUACACCCUCUUUUUCCCUCAAAGAUAACUUUGUAAAGCUGGUUACUGUAGUAACUUUGUAUGGGAUUUAUUUGUAUGGGAUGGCUAUGGAUGCAGGAAAAAAAGAAAAAAAAAAUUGUAUUGCAUUGGCUUGUAUCCAA